AUGGACACUUUCACUCGCUUCACCAACCAGACUCAGGGCAGGGACCGGCUCUUCAGAGCCAUUCAGUACACAUGCAUGUUGCUUAGAUAUUUAUUAGAGUCUAAGGCUGAUAGAGAGAAGGUGGUAAUGAAGCUCAAGAAACUGGAAUCUAGUGUGAGCAGUGGUCGUAAAUGGUUCAGACUAGGUAACGUGGUACAUGCUGUCCAGGCAACUCAACAGAGCAUUCGUGUGUCUGAUCUUGUACCUCGGCUCUGCCUAACAAUAGCCAACCUGAACCGGGUGAUUUACUUUGUUUGUGACACCAUCCUUUGGGUGAGGAGUGUGGGACUUGUCGCUGACAUUAACAAGGAAAAAUGGCGAAAGUGGGCUGCACGCCAUUACUACUAUUCUCUCCUGCUGAACAUCAUCAGAGAUGUGUAUGAAGUCUCCCUACAAAUGGAGCAGAUUGCGCAAGAAAAGGCAAAAAGAGAGAAAUCGAUGCCCCAGAACCACUUAGGACCUUGUAUAGCUGAUGAAGAAACAGAAUGGCUUCAGUCCUUUCUCCUUCUCUUAUUUCGAUCUCUAAGGAAGCAUCCUCCCUUGCUUUUGGACACAGUGAAAAACCUCUGUGAUAUCCUGAAUCCUUUGGACCAGCUUGGUAUUUAUAAGUCUAAUUCUGGAAUCAUUGGUCUUGGAGGCCUCCUGUCCUCCAUAGUAGGCAUGAUAACGGUAGCUUACCCACAAAUGAGACUAAGGACUUGCUGAAGUUUGAAAAGGUGAUCCUCCGAGUGGGAAGAGCACUUUGCCUAUAACUGAGAAAAUGUCACAGUGUGCUUGAGUCACUUUCUCACAAAAAGUGUUUAGUUCCCUGACCUUAUGUGGGUAUAUGUACUGUAUAUCUCUUUCCUCUGUCUCUAAAGAAAAAAAAACAUAGAGAGAGACAGUCUCUGAACCUACCUCACAGGGUUGUUGUGAG